UAGUAACCGCGCAGAGGAAGAGCUGACUGGAUUUGUUUAUGUUUUCGGUUAAAAGUUAUAAGUUUAACAAGCGAUAUUUUCUUCAAUAUGGACGCGUUACAAAGACACAGGUCUCUGUAUAAGGGUACUACACCACCAUGGAAGGAGACAUACAGAAAGCGCUGUGUGGAAAGACUGAAGAACAGUCGAGCGCAGUUGCUGGAGAGGUACCGUCAGAUGGGGGAGUCCUCGAAGAGCUCUCUGCUCGUCCAAGAAGUGAUGGAGGUGGAGUGGAAUGCUUUACAGUCUACCAACCAAAGACUGCCUUCAUUGUGGAAGAAAGACGGUGUCAGUGAUUUGUACGCAGAUGUGCAGGAAUAUGACGAACUGGCCAUUUUGGAGGAAAUCCAACAGGAACUUAUAUCUCAGGAGCUUUCUAUUAUAGAUGAAUAUCAGAAAAGCCAGCAAUAUGAAGAAAAGUAUUUGAAUUCAGUUGUGGAUAACCUGGAAGAAGAAAAAGGAAAGCUUAUAUGCCCUGUUUGUCACAUGAAUAAAUUGACCGUGAACAGUCACUUUACAUCAUGUCCCUGCGGCCUUUACAUUAACACAAUGGGAAGAAAUAUAACACCAGAAGUGCUACAGUGCUUGCUUGAGACGAAGGUUACAGAACACAUGGAAGACUGUCUCCAGAACCCUGUGUUCUCAGUAGCCUCCAGUGUGGAUGGUGCACCAAAUCUCAUGAUCAGCUGCAAGGUGUGUGAUUAUCUGUCAAUCAUCCUCUGAGUGACUGCAGUUUAAAGUUGUGUGCUUUCGAAUGUGUUUUAUUUAUGUGAAAUAAAGAUUUAUUAUGUAUUUAAC